UCUUUGCUAGGGAAUGAUAGCUAGGUCAUGUGAUACGAGUGGGUGUGCUCUUUUUCUUCCUUGGAUGCUGUUUGCUGACUGUUCGACGUAGCUGGUAAAGUCCUAAAAUGGCGAACUUGCACCUGAGAAUUGGCGACUUGGUUUGGGGGAAGCUUGGACGUUAUCCACCAUGGCCAGGAAAGGUUGUAAGUCCCCCCAAGGACUUGAAGAAACCAAGUGGCAAAAAAUGUUUUUUUGUGAAAUUCUUCGGAACUGAAGAUCAUGCUUGGAUAAAGGUCGAACAACUGAAGCCCUACCACCCACAUAAAGAGGAGAUGAUCAAAAUUAACAAAGGCAAAAGAUUCCAGCAGGCAGUGGACGCAGUGGAAGAGUUCCUAAAGAAAGCCAAAGGAAAGGAACAGGCAUCACAUAAUGGUAGUUCUGAAGACAAAAGCAAAUCUUCUACAGCUGAUGGGAAAAAGCGAAAGAAUCCAACAACGGUGAAAGCUCUGUUGGAGGAAGAUAAGAAGGAUCUAGCCUCUCAUAAACAAACCUUUUUUGAAAAAAAUAAGAAAGUAAAGGAUGAUCCAUAUUUUCAACACUUCCUGCUCAGCCAGACUGAGAAGUCAGGUCCAGGAAUCAGUCAACCACGUUCUACUAUGAGAAUGUCUUUGGAAAAUUCUAAUUCUAAGGAGAGAAGUUUACAGCCAUGUUCUUCAUUGGAGCCCAUUAGCAAAAGACUGAAGAUUAUUGAGCAGGAGGCAGCUUCAACAUCUAUUCAAGCAGCAGACAGCACAGCUGUUAAUGGCAGCAUUACACCUACGGAUAAAAGAAUUGGAUUCCUUGGACUAGGACAUAUGGGAAGUGGAAUAGUUUCUAACCUGUUGAAAAUGGGCCAUGUUGUGACAGUGUGGAAUCGCACAGCAGAAAAGUGUGACUUGUUCAUCCAAGAGGGAGCCAGGUUAGGGCGUACUCCAGCAGAGGUUGUGUCCAUGUGUGAUAUAACAUUUUCCUGUGUGUCAGACCCAAGAGCUGCUAAAGAUCUAGUUCUUGGCCCCAGUGGCGUGCUUCAGGGAAUCCGACCCGGGAAAUGCUAUGUGGAAAUGUCCACUGUUGACCCAGAAACAAUCGCUGAACUGUCGCAGGUCAUCACGUCUCGAGGGGGUCGAUUCCUGGAGGCCCCGGUGUCUGGCAGCCAGCAGCUGUCUAACGACGGGAUGCUGGUUAUUUUAGCUGCCGGUGACAGAACUGUAUAUGAAGACUGCAGCAGCUGUUUCCAAGCUAUUGGAAAAACUUCGUUCUUCUUGGGUGAAGCAGGGAAUGCUGCAAAGAUGAUGCUAAUCCUAAGUAUGGUACAAGGCAGUUUCAUGGCAACAAUUGCAGAGGGUUUAACGUUGGCUCAGGUCACUGGUCAGUCGCAGCAAACGUUCCUGGACAUUCUGUGUCAGGGACAAAUGGCAAGCACCUUCUUGGACCAGAAAUGCCAAAAUAUCUUGCAGGGCAACUUCAGACCUGAUUACUAUUUGAAGCACAUUCAGAAAGAUCUUCGUUUAGCAAUUUCAGUGGGUGAUUCGGUCAAUCACCCAACUCCAAUGGCUGCAGCAGCCAAUGAGGUCUACAAAAGGGCAAAAGCCCUGGACCAGUCUGACAAUGAUAUGUCAGCGGUAUACAGAGCCUAUAUUCACUGAAUCUUAAAAAGGGGUUCAGGCUUUCCUCCAUAUACGUAUACACUUUAAUAUAAUUUUUAUAUUUACUUUUUUAUGACUCUGCCCAGAUCCUGCCUAUUUGGCAGCAGUGAUAUUUCUUCCCAUAUGCGAUGGGAACUGUUUGUAAGCUUAAGUAUUGCACUGACUUUGUACUAGAGUAAUAUGAGCUUAUUCGGCUCCUCAGUGUUUAUAAUAGGGUGAAAUGCAGUAUCUUCUGUGUUAAACAUAUACCUUUUAUUCAUUGCACUCAAAUUUUAAAGGGGAUUUAAGUUUGACUUGUCAUUUGUGGCCACUCAUGAGUUCCAUUAUUUAAUUUGCUAUCUAUACUUUUCUGUAUUUGUCUAGAAUGAUGUAAAUGACAAAAUUGCUUUUAUUCAGAGCUGGCUCGAGAGGCAUCAAGAAAAUACCAUUGCAAUGCCUUAUUAUUGUAACCCACAAGAGAUGUAUUUAUUUUAUCUUCUGAAGCAGUCUUAUUUCUCCAGUACAGAAAACAGGGGAAAUUACAUUCCCAUAUUUUACAAUUGUAGUAUGUUCCAAUGCCUUAAAACUAAUGCAUUUUCAGUUAACUGUUAAGGAAACUUACAUGGGGUUGUCGUUAUUCAAAAUAUGUGCAAAGUAUUAUAGCAUCUUUGUACUAUCAAUUAUUAGAAUUUAAACCUGCACUUUUAUUUUCUAAUUGUAUUAUGGACUGUAUAUCAUUGAUUGAAUUGCAUUGAAUAGUUCCCUGUGUACAUAUUGCCAUACUCACUCAGCUCUAAUGAUGUGCUGCUAGUUCAGCUGCGUUUGACAUUUUGUGCUUUAACACUUGUGCUGUUAUUCACAGCACAUAAAAUGGAACAGUCUAUAGAUUUUAUCCAGAAUUCAUCAAUGCAACUCCACCUUUGGAACAAAAAAAAAAACUUGUACUUUUGUGAAUUGUGCACACCCAUAUGGAUAUAAGUAAUGCAAAGUAUACUCUGGAACACUGAGCAUGCAUUUUAAUUUUGGUCUGUAAUGGAAUUGGAUUGAAUUGGGGAAAUAUUUUAUCAUAUUUAAUAAAGUAAACUGAUAAUAUUUAGGACACAUUGUGGACAUUACCUUAUGUUAGUGUCUUGUCAUUUUAGUUAAAUUUAAACAUUAAUAAAAUAAAUAUGUAUAAUGUAGGUGCAUAUUGGUAAAAAUAUUAGUUUUAACUGAAGAUCAUUUUAGUCAACCCAGUUUUAUGUAUUCCAAUAAACCUUUCCCUUGUAAAUGUUCAAGUGUAUGCAUUUUUGUCAAAAAUAAUUCUAAACUCUGUACGCUUGUUUCAGUUUUAAGUGAUUAUGGCUACUCUGUAAUUCUGAAAUAUACAAUCUGUCUUAUACAGUUGUCUGUAUGACUAGUGUUUUAAUGUGUUCCUUAUAUAAAUGCUUUCCUUAUUUUGUCAACAUGCUGAAUAAAAACAGGAUAAUGGACAGUG